CGGCCCUCUAACAUAGUGGUAAUGACUCUUCAGAACUCAGGGUAUGUAAUAUAAACAAAAGGUGUCGCUUCAUUUAAUCUCUUAGUGUUGCAAGUUUACACAACUUUAAGCUGAAAUGUCCAACAGGGUCCGAGUUAUCCACGUCAUGUCACCGCUGAUUGGCCUGAGUGAGAAGAUCAAAGGUCAACUCAAUGGGCUGGACGUCCAGGUGAAAACUCUGCCUACAUCAUGGGCGUGUCCAGAAGAUGAAGAAGGUGACGUCAUCGAGUACCUGGUCGGCUGGAUCAGAAACGUCGUAGAGUUUCUUUCAUGCCCUGGUAACAAGGUCAGAUGGGCACAGACGACGUCAGCAGGGGUCGAUUAUUUCUUUAAAAACAUUGACAAACUUCAGUUGGCGCCAGGGUUUCAACACACGAGAACCAAUUUCAUCCAGAGAGGUCAGAUGAUGGCCGAGUACGUGAUUGGUCAGAUUCUGUCACGUGAGAGGAACUUCCAGGCUUCGUGGGAGGCUCAGAAAAAAUGUUCAUAUGACAAGAAAUGCGCACCGCCAUACCGGAUGUUGACUGAAUUAACUGUUGGCAUUCUGGGAGUUGGGGAGCUUGGAGGAGAAGUGGCACGUUUCUGCAAGUCUUUCGGCAUGCAGGUGUGGGCAGGUGUCACAGACAGGCGGUUCCAGUCUGGUGAAUCCCCCAGCCCUUAUGUCGAUCAUGUCAGACCCAUGUCUCGUCUCCCGGAGGUUCUAGAACAAUCCGACUACCUGGUGACGGUCCUACCCUCCACACCCGAGACCCGGGGACUCUUGUCUGGUGACGUCUUGCAGCCGUGUCGUGUGAGGAAAACGGUGCUAAUAAAUCUAGGUCGAGGUGACUUGAUUGAUGAAGAGAGUCUGGUACAGGCAAUCAGGUGGAUAAAAAUCUUUUAA